AGCCCCGUUUUUCUCAGCGGUGUCACCUGAAAUUUCUCUUAAAACCGCCGACACCAAAGUGGCAGGGAUGGCCCGCCGUGGACAUGUCCUUUUGAGCUUUCUGCUCGCUCUCGCCAUUUGGCUUCAGAUCCCCUCUGAUGCGCCGAGCUUCGUCAACGGACUGGCGGCCUCCCGAACAGCGCUGCGAGCGCCUGUGGUUGCGAUGCAGUCCGAGAAGGUAGACAAGAUCGUAGACAGCCUGAAGGAGCUCACAUUGCUGGAAGCCUCUGAGCUCGUGAAGGCCAUCGAGGAGACCUUCGGCGUGGAUGCCUCCGCCUCCGCCGGGGCUGUGGUCAUGGCUGCUCCUGGUGCUGGCGGUGCUGCUGAGGAAGCCGCACCUGAGAAGACGGACUUUGACUUGAUCUUGAAGGAAGUUCCAAAAGAGAAGAAGAUCGCAGUGAUCAAAGCCAUCCGAAGUAUCACAGGCUUGGGCUUGAAGGAAGCGAAGGGCUUGGCAGACAAUCCCGGCAAGAUCAUCGAGGGCAAGCCCAAGGAAGCAUGCGAGGACGCCAAGAAGCAGUUGGAGGAGGCCGGUGCAAAGGCUGAGAUUGAGUGAGGGCUUUGAAGAUUGGAUACAGGGUGGUCCAAUGAUCUUAAACCGG